AGAACAGAAGAGGAAUUGGGGCCGGAAUGGCGCUACCUUAGUGGGUGCUUUGAGUGCUGCGCCUCAUCCUUUGCAUGACUUGGACAUGAUUGGUCAUUUAUUAUGUGUAGAAACAGUAGGCUGGCCUCGGCUGGCAAGGACAUAGUCGCUAUGUACUACAAUGCCCCCCUGGUUUGUUCGCUAGCGCCUGACUUGAAGACAGGGCUCAGCCCCAAAAUCCAAAUCUCAACAGCGAAACAGCCACUUUUUGCACAGAUAAAGAGACAUAUGAAAUGGCACAUUCUAAAUAUUGCUAGAUGCUUUAUUUUUCUACGUUGAUAUAUUCCUUAUGGCUGUGGAGAUGCAUCUUUUUGAAAUUUGGACCAGGACCCCUGUCCUGAGUUCCGCGCUAACAAACAAACCAGGGUUGUAC